UCGAGUCAGUUCUCUUGCGCAGGGUCAAAGUUCAUAGAGUAAACUUGUAAGAUGGCUGCUGAACCGACGAGGGAAUGGAGCGAUGAGCAGCUCAAUAAUGAUGAUCUCGCCAAGAAAGACAUUAUAACGUUUAUACAGGAUAACGCUGCACACUCGUUUCUAUCUGAACACAAGCUACUGGGAAACCUAAAGAAUGUUGCAAAAACCGCGAAAAAAGAACAGCUAAUCGUAGCCUACAACCAGCUUUUUGAGACCAAGAGAUUUAAAGGCGAUGAAUCGGUUGAGGAGGUGACCCAAAACGUGAAAGAUGUGAAGAUCGACGACAAGCCCAAAGAGGAGAAAGUGGAGGCCGUUUAUGAGGGUCCCCCAAAGUACACCAAGUCUGUCCUGAAGAAGGGAGACAAGGUCCACUUCCCCAAGAAAGGCGACACCAUAGGCUGCUGGUACACGGGGACUCUAGAGGACGGGACCGUGUUUGACACCAACAUCCCCGCAGUUGCCAGAAAGAAGAGGCAGACAAAGCCACUGCUCUUUAAAGUGGGACUGGGCAGAGUCAUCCGAGGGUGGGAUGAAGCCCUGCUGACGAUGAGCAAAGGCGAGACGGCCCAGGUGGAGAUCGAGUCCGAGUGGGCGUACGGGAGGAAGGGCUUGCCAGACAAUAAAAUUCCACCACAUGCCAAACUCAAUUUUGAAAUUGAGUUGGUGUCCAUCGAUUAACCAUGGAAACUAUGAAUUCUCCCAGCAUGCACUAUUCUGACUGACGAAACAAAGGAUUGAUGUCCAUUCCAGAUGAUCACCAGUGAGUCGCUGAGCAUACGCCUGCUUUCAGUGUGUUAUAUAACUGAGUAUUGUUGCUUUUUGGGAACUGAAGUUAUCUCCAGCUAUCAGUCCGUGGUUACAUGUCAAAUGUGUUGCAUGUCUACCACAUUGUACAGCUGAAUAAAAAAAAAAAAGUUUGCUUA